AAACAAGUCAGCAAUAUACCAAAAUUCGAAAAGAAAAACUCAAAUAAUAAAGAUGACGAUAAUGCACCACAAGUUAUUGAAACACUAAACUCAAAACCAAGAAAAGGAAAAGAAAUUAAUGCGCAAAAAGAAGGCGAGAAAAAAAAAGAUAAGAUCCAAAAAAGGGAAAGUAAUUUAGAUGGAGGUAAUUUUUAUCCAUUUUGUAACUGUACAAAUGCAGGGGCAAAAAUGGAUGAUACAGUUGAUAUUGGUAGACUAGAUAUACGAGUCGGUCGAAUUGUGAAGGUGGAAAAGCAUCCAGACGCUGAUAGUUUAUAUGUGGAACAAAUAGAUGUUGGAGAAGAAAAGUAUCGUUCUGUUAUUUCGGGUUUAGUAAAACAUAUUCCUAUAGAACAAAUGCAAGACCGAUUUGUAAUAUGUAUUUGCAAUUUGAAACCAGUGAAAAUGCGCGGUAUCGAGUCGCAAGGAAUGGUUUUAUGUGCUUCAACCCCCGAAAAAGUUGAGUUGAUCGAAUCUGAUGCGUCUUGUACUCCCGGACAGAUUGUGACUUGUGAAGGAUACAUACGAAGGCCUGAUCCUGUUCUAAAUCCAAAGAAAAAAAUUUGGGAAGCCAUUGCUCCUGAUUUAAAAGUAAAUGAUAGCGGCCAGGUAGUUUACAAAGGUCAACAUUUGUUAAUUGAUAGUCGCGUAUCUUUAUUGGCGCCUACAUUACGUAACGUACCGGUAAAUUAUCGUGAUUGCAGUAUGGUAUCAAGAAGACUAAAAAGCAAUAAAAUCAGGAGUCUUAACAAGAAGAAUGUUCCUGAUGACCGUUUUGAAGUGGUCUUGAGUGAUCCACGUUUUGACGCACUUCCACGUAGAGAAAGAAAAGUAGUGAUCGAUGAGAGAUUUAAGGAUGUCCUGAAAAGUGAGAAGUUUUCGGCAAAAAGUAAGGUUGAUAUGCGUGGAAGAUGUGUAGACUUCAAGCCAAAAAAUACAUUAAACGAUCUAUAUGAAUUGGCUAGUAGUGGUGAUAGUUCGAGUGCUGAAGUGGAUGAGGACGAAAAAAUUAAAAUUGAUUUAGCUCGUGGCACUGGUAAUGUAACGUCAAGUGAUGAAGAUUCAUCUGACUGGGAACUUGAAGAAGUAUCCCAAAAUGAAGAACAUAAUUGGGGCGAACCUGAUAAAGAUGCUAAUCGAGUUCAGUGGGCAUCAAAUCGUUUGGCAUUAUGUAAUAUGGAGUGGGAUCGAAUAUCGGCUACCGAUAUUUAUGUUUUGAUGUCUUCUUUUAAGCCACCUGCACCAGCUACUAUUCGAUCUGUGACGAUAUAUGUGUCAAGUUUUGGUCAAAAACGUUUGGAAGAAGAAGAACGAAGUGGACCGAGAUUGACGAAGUUGAAAAAAACGGUAGAAGAUAUUGAUGACAUCGAUGAAGAAACUCGUGAAUCAAUGAGAGCAUAUCAGUUAGAAAGAAUGAAAUAUUAUUAUGCGGUUAUUGAGUGCGACGAAGUAAAAACAGCAUCAUGUAUUUACGAGGCAUGUGAUGGUGUGGAGUUUGAAAGUAGUGCAAUACGUCUAGACCUUCGUUUUGUUCCUGAUGAUAUGACCUUUGAGGAAAAUGUGAUCAGAGAACAAAUCACUGAAGAUGAUAUUAAUUUUAAUACUUUCAAACCUAAAAAUUUCGAAAGCGCAGCAUUAUCAAAAUCAUCUGCUAAACUGACAUGGGAUGAAACAGAUCCAGAACGUAUCAAAGCGACAAGAGAUGCAUUUCUUCCAGAUGCAGAUCUCAGUCAACUACAGCAUUUAUUAGCACCAUGCUCAUCAGAUGAAGAAGAUGAGGUCGGAAAAACUUCUCUAUUACUCAAGGAAACAGAAGACAAAGAUAAUAAGUCUGAUUCCGUGAUGGAAGUAACAUGGAAUGUUGAAACGACGGAAGAUGCUAAUUCCAGUAAAAGAAUUAAAAAUUCUGCUGAGCAAACACCAUGGCAGAAGUAUUUGGAAAAGAGAAGAUCGAAACGUAAAGAACGAAAAGCUGUUAUUGCGGAACUGAAAAAGAAACAAAAGGAGGAAAUGGCUGAUGUCACGGAAAAAAGUAAUAAUGUAUCAUUAGUGAAAGUGAAACACAGAAAUGAACCUAUAAAUGAAUCAGAUUACAUCGAUGAUGAAAGGUUCAAAGCGUUAUAUAGCAGCAGUGCUUUCGCUAUUGAUCAGUCUCAUCCUUUGUUCAAGUCAUCAAAAAUGGCAUUAAGACAGGUUAGUUUUCGAAUUUUCGAAUUUAUUGAAAAGCAUAAUUGUUGA